AUGGUGAGCCAGCUAGUUUGGCAGCGGGCUAAUGCCUCUCGCAGGCUGGCCGCGCGCCUGUCCCCACAACGAAUUACCCGUGGCCUGGCCACCGAAGCCUCCUCCUCCCGGAUGCCGCCCUACCCCAAGAUUGUCCGAAACCUCGAGCAGGUUCGCAAGGUUCUCGGCUCCGAUCGUGCCUUGACUCUUGCUGAGAAGAUUCUGUACGCUCAUUUGGCCAAUCCCGAGGAAUCGUUGCUUUCCGGUACCAACAAUGGCCGUGACAUUCGCGGCAAUGCCAACUUGAAGUUGAAGCCCGAUCGUGUGGCCAUGCAGGAUGCCUCCGCCCAGAUGGCCCUGCUCCAGUUCAUGUCCUGCGGUCUGCCUUCAACCGCUGUUCCUGCCAGUAUUCACUGCGACCACAUGAUUGUUGGUGAGCGUGGUGCCGACACUGAUCUUCCCGCCUCGAUCAAGGGUAACAGCGAGGUGUUCGACUUCCUGGAGAGUGCUGCCAAGCGUUACGGUAUUGAGUUCUGGCCCCCUGGUGCUGGUAUCAUUCACCAGAGCGUGCUGGAGAAUUACGCUGCCCCCGGUCUGAUGAUGCUUGGUACCGACAGCCACACUCCCAACGGAGGUGGUUUGGGUGCCAUUGCUAUUGGUGUUGGUGGUGCGGAUGCCGUCGAUGCCUUGGUCGAUGCCCCUUGGGAGUUGAAGGCGCCUAAGAUCCUCGGUGUGCGCCUUGAGGGCAAGCUGAGCGGCUGGGCCUCUCCUAAGGAUAUCAUCAUGCACCUCGCUGGCAAGCUCACUGUGCGUGGUGGUACUGGCUUCAUCGUCGAGUACCACGGACCUGGUGUGGAGACUCUGAGUUGCACUGGUAUGGCUACCUGCUGUAACAUGGGUGCUGAGGUUGGCGCUACCACUUCGCUCUUCCCCUUCUCGCCUAGCAUGGUGCCGUACCUCGAGGCCACUCACCGUGGUCACGUCGCCAAGGCUGCUGCUGAGAUUGCUGCCUCUGGCCCUCAGAACCUGCUGCGCGCUGAUACCGAGGCCGAGUACGACCAGGUGAUCACUAUUAACCUGUCUGAGCUCGAGCCUCACAUCAACGGUCCAUUCACUCCCGACCUUUCUGUCCCUCUGUCUAAGUUUGCCGACACCGUUCGCGAGAAGAGCUGGCCCGAGACUUUCGGUGCUGGUCUUAUCGGUAGCUGCACAAACUCUUCCUACGAGGAUAUGACCCGUGCUGAGCACUUGGUCAAGCAGGCCACCGCCGCAGGCUUGAAGCCUAAGGCUGACUUCUUCAUCACCCCCGGUAGUGAGCAGAUUCGUGCCACCCUCGAGCGUGACCAGACUUUGUCCACUUUCUCCGAGGCUGGUGGCAUUGUUCUCGCUAACGCCUGUGGUCCUUGCAUUGGUCAGUGGAACCGUACUGAUGAGACCCCCAAGAACGAGGAUAACGCCAUCUUCACUUCUUACAACCGUAACUUCCCCGGUCGUAACGAUGGCAACCGUCGUACUAUGAACUUCUUGGCUUCCCCCGAGCUGGUCACUGCCCUCGCCUACUCUGGUACCACUACCUUCAACCCCAUGACCGACUCCCUGACCACCCCAAGCGGCGAGGCCUUCAAGUUCGAGGCCCCUUCGGGCUUUGACCUGCCCAGCGCUGGUUUCGAGGCUGGUAACCCCAAGUUCCAGCCUACUGCCGCCAUCCCCGAUGCCAGCGUCGAGGUCUCGGUCUCGCCCACCUCUGACCGUUUGGCCUUGCUGGAGCCUUUCGCUCCCUUCCCCGAGGGUGACCUUUCCGGUCUGCAGGUUCUGUACAAGGUCAAGGGCCAGUGCACAACUGAUACCAUCUCGGCCGCUGGACCCUGGCUCAAGUACAAGGGUCACUUGCCCAACAUUUCUGCCAACACUCUCAUCGGUGCCGUCAACGCCGCCACUGGCGAGACCAACGUCGCCUACGACGAGAACGGUAACAAGUCCGGUAUUCCCGAGCUCGCCGAGCAGUGGAAGAACCAGGGCAAGGAGUGGCUUGUCGUUGCUGAGGACAACUACGGUGAGGGCUCUGCCCGUGAGCACGCUGCCCUGCAGCCCCGUUUCCUCGGAGGCCGUGUCAUUGUCUCCAAGAGCUUUGCCCGUAUCCACGAGACCAACCUGAAGAAGCAGGGUGUUGUCCCUCUCACCUUUGCUAACCGUGAGGACUACGACCGCAUUGAUGCCUGUGACACCGUCGACACCGUCGGCCUGUACGACACCCUCAAGGCCGGUGGCCAGGGUGAGAUCCAGCUGCGCGUCACCAAGCGCAAGACUGGCGAGACCUUCCUUGUCCCUACCAACCACACUCUCAGCAAGGACCAGUCUGGAUUCAUCCUUGCCGGUAGUGCCCUGAACCUGCUGGCCAAGCAGGCUCAGAAGUCAUAG